CGAUGGAAUAAAGACGUCCGAGGCCCGUCAGUCAGGAGUACCUAUGUAAAAAUCUACGAAUGUCUGGUAUGGAAAUUGCCCUGAUGGGUCCAAUCCUUAAUACUGGCUGGCACAAUGCACUCGUCACAAAAGUUUCAUCACAUACCACUAGAAGACUUAAGCGGCAACACGUCCCAGAAAGCACCCAGCAACAAGCAGUAUCAUCGAGUGGGCCAAGAUGCCACCGCCAAUGACUCCAUCCAGCAAUGCCGCUGGGGCAUCGGGUCUCGAGUCCCAUCCCUGAUGGUGGCCCCGUAUAUCUUAGGCCUACUGAUUGCCAUCGCACACUUGUUGACUUUUCAGUAUUUCGACGGAAAGUAUGAGAACGACCCAGACAUCCCAGAUCAAGCCCAUAUCAUGACCUUCGCGACCAUUGCGGCAACCGUCUUCAGUUUCAGCAUCCGCACGACCUUGGCUGCCGUGUUCACGCAAUACUUCUGGCGACUCGUCCGGCUUUCACCGAUCAAGCUCGGCAUCGUUGAAACACUAUACACCCUACGGAGCAAUCCCGUUUUUGGUUUUCAGCCGCAAGUCCUACAGCAUGGAUCGUUGCUCGUGGCCGUCGCCUGUCAAAUCUGGCUGAUCCCAAUCGCUACCGCGUUCCCGCCCAGUUCGUUGUCGUUGGACAGUGCCAGCUACGUGCACUCCGACAUGGCGGAUGUACCGACGUUUAAUCCCUCAGAUAUGUGGAAUGGCGAUUUCAAGGCCCUCCGGGACAACUCGUUAGCCCUGGUCAACUCCGACCCGGAUGGCAUUUACCCGCUAACCCCCAACCCGGACGGCCUAUGGACCAAACCCUCCGUGUCGCAGCUCGCAUUCGGCACGAUCGUCAACGGCGAGGUCUCCAACGGCCCCUCGCCCUGUGGCGGGUCGUGCUCCUACCACAUGACGGUUGACGCGCCAUACCUGCGCUGCACGAACAAGACCAGCCCUGUCCUGAACAUGACUUCGAUCGAGGAACCCAUUUACACCGCGCACUGGGCAUCGGGUUACGAGAACGGCGACCAGCCGGACAGGGACGCGACAUUUCGAUUUACCAAUCUCGUCUCCGUGGCCGCCGUCGACCUAGAUGACGAUGAGACUAUGCUCUAUUACAAACGAGAAACCCUCCUCUGCGUCCCGCACCGAGUCACCUACGAUGUCUUCCAGAACUACACCCACAAUCAGCUCACGUCAAAAGCCACCCCCAAAUCCGUGCACCCGCUGGUGGAUCUGAUAGACACGGUGCCACCUCCAGCUGGAAAGUCCGUCGACCAGUGGAUCCACCACUCCAAAGGCGGGGACUGGGGUCCGGCCGUGACUGAGAAAGUCCGUGACGCGAAUAUCAUGACGCUGGCUGUUGCUAUGCUUUCGCAACUGACGGGGCAAUACGACUCGACGACAUUUCAAGAGGGCGACGACAAGCACGCAAACGCUAUAGGCAGGGACUUCUGGUGGUGGUAUGCAGACCCAGAUCAAGGUAUUUACGGCUACGCAAACAACACAAUCGCCCACUACACCCCCCUCUUCAUAGCCUGGAACCUCAAGCUCUCCCAAGGAACCUACGUCUCAAACAGCCUCUUCGACCUCAACUCGGGCAUCCUCAACGAAAUGCUGCUCAACAUCACCCUCUCCGCAAUCGUCAAAUACGACCGCUGGACAACACGCACAAACGUCACCCGCCACGACCCACGCCAGCAGUACCACUUUUCGCGCAUCCAGCGCCUCGUCAUACCCUACUUCGGGACUCUGUUUAUCGCCCUGCCGUUCCUGGUCGCAGGGCUGUGGGCGCUCUGGACGAAUGGCGUCCCCGCUACCGAUCACGGCUUCUUGCAGAUUCUUAUGACGACUCGGGGGAGUCCGACUGUUGAUAGACUCGCUGCGGGUGGGUGUCUCGGGGGCGAAGUGAACGUCCCUAAUAAGUUGAAGGAUCUUCCCGUGCAGUUUGGGGAGGUCGUGCUGGGGUCAUCGUCGUCGUCGUCGUCGUCGUCGUCGAAGCUGGAUGGUGGUGGUGGGGGGGGGCUUCGGAAACGGAAGCGAGGACUCUCUGGAAGUGAGGCUAAUGAUGACCGUGAUGGGAGUCAGGUAAGGCUCGUGCCGGAGUCUGGGAGUGGUGAUGGUGGUGGUGGUGAUGUCGCCGAUGAUGAAGCCGGUUCGCGUCAGCUUGCGUUGGCUGGGUUUGGGACUCCCGAUGAGGUCACGGGGAUUACGCGCGGUCGGUCUUAUGGUGUAGACUGGUAG